AUGCCGUUCAGGCUCAAGUACGACAGGUUCUGCCUGAGCCUGUGUCUUUCUAUCGAAACUGCCACUUACAUUCGAUCAAAUGGCCAGCGCCAAGACUGGCGUGUCUCAUGUACGGCCGCCGAUGCCGACCUCGAUGACGAUAUCCCAACAGAGCCGAAUAGUCCUACUCGCUACCGCGAAUUCCUGUCAGAUCCAUGGCCGCGACCCCGAAGGCGCAGGUACGCGGCCGAUCGGAAAAGAAGAUCCUCAAGGAGAGGCAACCGUAUACUUGAGAACUUUACUGGGUGGCAGCAUAUCGCGCCACUACGCAAGGUGCGCAAUGUUGUGGUAUGGAUACGCAAAUCCACUCUUCAUUCGGCUGUGUGGGAUGACGAGAUCAAGCUUCGACUAGGUAUCGAUAAUGCAACACGUUGGAACUCAUGGUAUCGAUUGCUGGAUAAUCUUCUGCGGUAUCAAACGCGUGUUAAGCAGUUCCUAAUUGAACAUGAUAGAGAGCUUCAAGACGAGAUUCUACUAGCUUCAGAGUGGGAGUUCAUAAAACGAACGCAUCGUUUCCUGCAGCCGUUUGCCUCGGCUACAUUGCUUGCUGAGGGGGCACGCUCGACACUAUCCCAAUCCCUCUCGAUCAUGGAUGUUUUAUUGCGGCAGUAUGAGAAGUACAAGCAGUUGUAUAGUUCGGAAGAAACAUGA